AUGGUGGAUAAGGUGACUCAAAGUAGAUUGAUGGUGAGAUAUGCAAGGGUAUUGGUGGAUAUGGAGUUUUCGGAUCAUCCCCCGAAAUCUAUUGCUUUUAUCAAUGAAAGGGAUCAAUUAGUUGAACAAUUGGUGGAGUACGAAUGGCUCCCUUCUAAGUGUGCUGCGUGCUCGCAAUUAGGUCAUGUAGUGGCUAAUUGUAACAAGGAAAAUGGAGUGACUUGGAAGGAGAAGUCCACUGUUGAGAAUGGAGAAAAAAAAGAUAAGAAGAAAGUUAGUACAGAGGUGGAGUUACAACAGCCAUCUGGGUCUGUUAAUCUAGAAAACAGAGUGGAUAAUCCUACAAAUGAAAUAGGGAGUACUGUUUUUGUUGGAAACUGGAUUACUCCCAAAAGGAGAGGGUCAAGACAGGCAGUGGCAGCUCCUUACAAGACAGAUGCAGCUCCAGGCAAGGCUAUUUCGGGGUGGAAUGUGAGGGGUAUGAAUAAAAGAGAAAAGCAAAAAGCUAUUCUAGGUGUUUGCAAGGAAAAUAAGGUUGGUUUUGGUGCUCUAUUUGAGACUAAGGUGAAACAUGAGAAGAUUCAUGAAGUUUUUGAGAAUAAUUUCCAGAAUUGGGAUUACUUUUCUAGUCCUAUCAUCUCUGGUAGAAUUUUGGUAUUUUGGCAAGCAAAGUUUGUGAAGGUUGACAUCUUGCUAGAAGAUCCUCAACUGGUGCAUUGCAAGAUUAGAGUGUGUGGCCAGCAGAAGAUGUUUUUUGCCACGGUGGUUUAUGGUAGUAACUUUAUGGGGGAGAGAAAAAAAUUAUGGGACAAGUUAGCUAGUAUUGGUCAACUGAAUAAUCCUUGGAUUAUUUUUGGAGACUUUAAUGCUAUGUUUAGAUUCCAAGAUAGGAAUGGUGGGAGACAAAUCCUAGCAAAGGAUAUUGCUGAUGCUCAAGACUGGUUGGCUUUAGGCCAAGUAGAGGAAUUCAAAUGUUCUGGUGCGCUCUAUACUUGGUCGAACAAGCAUGAAGUAGGAGACAUAAAUUUCUCAAAGCUUGAUAGAGCUUUUACUAAUGAUUUUUGGCUGGACUCUUUCCCGAAAACUGAAGCUUGCUUCAAAUGGGACUGUGUUUCAGACCAUAGUUACUGUGUGAUUAAAAGUCAAGAAUUAAAUAAGGUGGGGUUCAUUCCUUUUCAUUACUGUAACCACUGGUUGCAGUAUAGAGGUUACAGAGAAGCUGUUUUACAGUGUUGGAAUUCUACUUUAGGUUCGGGAGGAGGCCUUACUAAGGUGGUUAAGAAACUGUUUAGAGUUAAACACGUUUUGAAAAGGUUUAACAGGGAAGAGGUUGGAGAUGUAGUUUUGGAUUAUAGGGUGGCUAAGGAGGAGUUCUGUAAAGCUCAGGAGGCCUUGGCGAUUAAUCCCUUUGAUUAUUAUCUGCAUCAGGCAGUUAGUCAAGCUCAGCAAAAUUUUACUGAUAUGCAGAAUCGGUAUGCUAGUUUUCUCAAGCAGCAGAGUAAAAUAAAUUGGGUUAAGUUCAGUGAUGAUAAUUCGAGGUACUUCCAUGUUGUUAUGAGGAAAAGAAGAGUGGAAAACAGAAUCACUACUUUCACUCUUGGUGACAAAAUAGAAGAUGAUUAUUCGAAAGUAGUGGAGGAGAAGUUUGGCUUCUAA